AGAAGCGGCGGCGACCCCCGCCCCCUGCUCCGGUCUACCAGCGUCCCCCGCCCCUGUCUUCCCGGCCCCUCCCACACUUGGGGACCCCCUCAGACGCUUGCGGGGGCGCCAGACCGGCCUUGGCGGGGCUGUGGUCCCGGGAGUGCGGAUGUCGCCGCCGCUGUCGCUGCCUGUCUUCGGGGGGACCUGGCCCAGGGGGCUGCUCGGGGGCGCAGCCGCGGACAGCGCGAGUCCAGUCGCGAUGAGGUCACCCUAAGGCUGCAUCCUGCCACUGAGCUGACCUGGGAGACGUGGCCCAAACAGGACAGCUGCCACCUUUGCGAUAUCCACAGUCCUCAGCAGGUAGUUCUCGACUCUAAAGGGGGCAAGCAAAUAUGUCUCUAAGCCACGUGAAGGGUGACAACGAGGAGGGGGAUUUUUCAUCCCUUAAUCUGACUCAGAGCGGUGAGAACGACAGGGAAGACAAAUUUGAAGACGCUUUUGAGAUUAUCCCUGCGGCCACAACCAUGAGCUUGACGUCCUCCCUGGAAGAAUGCACAACGGGGCUGUAUUUGUUUCUAAACAACAGGUUCUCCGAUGCCAUCAACCUCAUCCACCCCUGGGCGCAGAACAGCAUCUACCAUGCCCUGGUGUACAGCAUCCUGAUGGUGGUCAAGGCUGUCCUGACCUUUGAGCCGCAGGACAUACAGACGGGGAUGGUGGUCGUGAAGCAAGCUCUAAAGACCUGCAAUGCUUUCCGCAGGAAGACGAGGAUGGUCAGUUUUACCCGGGUCGUGAGCAGACAGGGCCCCGGCGCCAUCAAGGAGGAGGAGCUACAUGCGGAAGUCUGCUACGCAGAGUGCCUGAUCUUGAAGUGCACAGUCAUGGUGAUACAGGACGACAGUGCGAUCGGCUUCCUGAAGAAUGGGCUCACCAUCGGGUCCAGUUACCAGAUCUACAAAGACUGCCAACAGGUGCUGACGCACAUCCCCAACAGCCACAGCAAGACCUACAAACACCUGGCCGGAGGGAUCAAAUUUGGACUCGGAGCCUUCAAUCUGCUGUUGUCACUCGUGCCCCUCAAGACCCUAAAACUGCUCAACGUGGUCGGGUACAGUGGUGACAUGGACACAGGCAUAGCUUCGCUCUACGAGAGCGCAUCCCACCCCCAUAUAAACACCAUCCUAAGUGUGUUCACUCUGCUGUUUUACUACAGCUACCUCCAUAUAGCUCUGGGCGUGGAGAAGGGUCACCAAACUGUGAUGGAGGAUCUCUUCCUCAUCUACCUUAAGAAAUUCCCCAAUUGUGUCAUCCUGAAAUUUUUCCAUGCCCGUUUCAAUAUGCUCAAGGGCCACUUUGACAUGGCUCAGGGCAUACUGCACCAGUGUAUUUUCAGCCAGAACGAAUGGAAGCAGGUCCACCACCUUUGCUACUGGGAGCUUAUGUGGUGUCACAUCGCCCUGCAGGAGUGGGAGCAGGCGUACUACUAUGCCAGCCUCCUGGCACAGCACAGCCGCUGGUCCAAGGCUGUCUACACUUUCAGCAAAGCCAUGCUGCUGGCCGUGCUGCCCUCGAACUCCGGAAGCCUGGAAAACGAGGACAUGAGCUCGCUCUUCUCCAGCGUGGACAGCCUGAGAAUCAAACUCUUAGGCACCUCUGUGCCCAUCGAGAAGUUUCUCGCAGACAAAGGUCAUCACUACGGCACAACCACGGGUUGGUACACAGCUCAGCCACUUCUGGAGUUCAUGUAUGCCUGGAGUGGCUUCCGGGUCAUCAGCAAACGCCUCGACCUGAUGACCAGCUGGCUCUCAGUCAUCAACAAGGGAGAGGAGUUUUUGCAGGGAAACUCCAACUUUGAGCAUGGGGCUGAUGACAUCUGUCUGAUACAUCUGCUGAAAGGUCUGUGCCUCAAAUACCUGAGCAAGUUUUCUGUGGCUGAGCAGUAUCUCAUUCGAGUUGUUCAAAGGGAAAAACUGUUAAAAACCGAUCACUAUUUGGUGCCAUAUGCAUACUAUGAGCUGGGAAUCCUCCAUUAUGUGAGAGGAGAUAACAAUGCAGCAGUCAAAUACCUAGACAACAUCAAGAACUACAAAGACUAUUCCAUGGAAGCCCGCCUACAGUUCCGGACCCACAUAGCCCUGGAGCAAAUACGUAAAGAAAGAGUGAUUCGGUAGGAGCCCACUGUGGUCUCAUUUAUUCCCAGUGACGGAAGAACAACCAGUAAGGUGACUAGCAGGUAGAAAAAGCAAUGAUUUGUAGAAGAAAUAAAAGAGGAGCCAUCCACUAA